AUGGCAGCAGUUACGAAAUUAUGUAAAGCUGAUGAUAAUAAUGAAAAAUGUCACAAUGAAGCUACUGCAAUGUGUCAUCAUUGUUCUCGUGAUCUAUGUUUGGAUCAUAUAAUUAAACAUGCUCAAUUAUUAGAUGCAAAUAAUCAUGCAAUAUUGAAAGAUUAUUUUUCAAUUCUUACAGAUUUAUCAUCAAAAAUUGAAUCAUUAUUAAUUUCAACAAAUAUUCUUAAUGAUCCAUUUGUAAAAAUUAAACAAUGGGGUAUAGAAGCACAUCAUCAAAUCGAUGAAAUUAUUGAACAAAAAUGUCAAGAAAUAGAAACGAAAAUUAAUGACUAUCGUCAAAUAUUUAAUGCAAUACGUACUGAACAAUUAGAUAAAAUUACACGUUAUAAACAAAAAAUAGCAGAUCUAUUUCGUGAAACACAAAUAGCUAAUAAAGCUAUAUCAAAUUUAGAAAGAUCAAUUAAACAUAUUCAAAACGAUUUAAAUAUAUUUAAUGAACAUAAAAUUGAAGUAACAUCAAAUCGUCCAUUAAUACAUUCAAUUAAUAUUCGAAUGCAUGUUGAUAAUUGGAAACCAUCGAAUUGUUGUUCUUCAUCUUCAUCAUCAACAUCAUCAUCUGUAUCAUCCAUUCUACAUCAAUUAGAAUUUCGUUUAAAAUAUGUUCGUCUAUCUGGUAUUGUUACUUGUCAUUAUAUAUUAGUUGAAGUUAAUGGAACAAUAGGCGAUUUAAUUGAUAAAUUUAUAGCUAUACAAGAAAAAACAUUAAUGAUAAAACAAAAACGUGAUUCAUUUUUAGCAGUUGAAGCUAAUCAAUAUCGUGUUCGUCAAAGAUUUCAAAAUGAUAUUCAAUUAAAAAGUAUUUUUAAUAAAAUUGAUCAAUUAAUUUUAUAUGAAACACCAUUUGAAUUAAAUAUAAAUAAUCUUCAACAAUAUUGUUUGAUUUUAUGUAGAUUUCAAGAUGGUCUUCCAUGGGAUAUUCAAUUUGGUUUACCUAUUUUACUUCAAGUACCACGUUUUCAAUGUCGUGGUCGAAAUGUUAUUGAUGCAUUAAAUAAAACAUUAAAAACAUGUUUUCCUCUUUUAAUUGAUGAUAAAAAUAAUAUACAUUAUGAAGUUAAAAUUGUAUCAAAUGAUCAUCAAAUGAAUGAAGCAACAUUACUUGAUCUAUGGGCAGAUAAAAUUAUUGAUGAUUAUUUAUUAAUGGCUGAUAAUGAAACACUUAUAGUUAAUUUAAUUAACAAUAAUGAAAUAUUAUUUAACGAUCAAACAACACGUUUAGCUCGUUUAGAUGGAACUUUAAAGACUACUGAAAAACGAAGAAAAAGUCGAAAAUAA